CGUCCUACCUUUUAACCUUCAUUUUUCGUUUCGCACAAAAUGGCUCAGAAGCUAGCAGGGAAAAUUGCAGUGGUGACAGCGUCGACAGAUGGUAUCGGGUACGCCAUUGCGGAGAGGCUUGCCCAGGAUGGUGCGAAAGUAGUUAUAAGCAGUCGGAAGCAGACUAACGUCGACGCCGCGGUAAAGAAGCUCAAGUCUCAAAAACUCGACGUUGUAGGCGUGGUUUGUCACGUGGGGAAGAAGGAGGACAGAGAAAAUCUCGUGGCCACGGCUAUAGAAAAGUAUGGUGGGAUCGACAUAUUUGUGUCAAACGCAGCCGUGAAUCCGUUCUUUGGUCCUAUCCUCGAUUGUACGGAGUCUGCUUGGGACAAGAUUUUUGACAUUAACGUGAAAACAGCAUUUUUGCUGUGUAAGGAUAUUGUUCCUCAUAUGCAGAAGCGUGGAGGAGGUUCUAUAAUACUCGUUUCGUCAAUUGGAGGAUAUGAGCCUAGUGCGUUGAUGGGUCCUUAUAGUGUCAGCAAAACGGCUGUCCUCGGUUUGAAGAAAGCCUUAGUUCACCAGCUAUCACCGAUGAAUAUCCGGGUUAACUGCCUCGCUCCCGGUCUAAUCAAAACGAGGUUUAGCGAAGCUCUGUGGAAAGAUCCGGACAACAUGAAGCUUGCAACACAGAAUAUUAAGCUUGGAAGAAUUGGCAAGCCGGAAGAGUGUGCUGGGAUUGUAUCUUUCCUGUCCUCAGACGAUGCAUCAUUCAUUACAGAUGAAACAAUCAAGGUAUCCGGUGGGGCCAGCAGUCAACUGUAGGUGCUCGAUAACAGCAUAACGAGAGAGUACGAGAGUUUGUUACGUGGUAUUAUGUGUUAAGAAUACCCGUACCACUGCCAAAAUCGGAAACUACACAUUAGAAACUAUUUUUUGUCCGUAAUUACCAUAGCUUUGAUAAAUCAUUUCCUCAUAGAAAACCAAAACUUGCUGGACUCUCAUGAAACAAACAAAAACAUAUUGAAGGUGAAAUAACCAAAAUAUAAUCAGCAGUGUUCUGAGUGUAGGAAUCCAGCAGAGUUAGACCGAGGAUCGAACCGCGGACCUCAGAUUGUUAUUCCGUCGUUCUACCUAGUCAGCAGAAGAGUUCCCAAAACGAAAUUAAGGGAAGGUUACUGUUCAAAAAAAAAAAAACCACAGUGCAGGGGGACAGGGGUCCUAAAGAUGUGUCAAUUUAAUUGUGAUUUAUAACGAACGAUCAAACGUACAUACCAAAGGUAUAUUUAAGAACAUAACUUGUAUUCUAGUCGAAUGAAAAUAUAUCUUUUAAUUGUAAUAUUGUUGUAUUGUUUUUCUGUCAAUCAAACCAUUAAAUAUUUAAUUGAAAGCUUUUAAUGCAGUUUAUGGGU